CGACUCAGUGGGAAACCCCUUCGGGCGCUUGCCUUCUAGAACACCGUGGCGUGAUCACUGCACGGAGGUGGUUAAAUUUUUGGUAACCAUUAAUAGACUUGUCAUCAAAAGUUGUUUUGCUAUCUUCAAAGACGGUGUACUGGUCUUUCCGAACGGCCAUCGACUACGAUAUCUAGCACGCCAGUCCCUGCAGGUGGUACACGUUGCCGAUUCCCGCAGGAGCCAUGUUCGCCGCGUGGGAGAUCUACUGGCUUCUGAAAGAGGUCUACUCGGACGGCAAGGCCGAUAAAUCUUCGAAGGGUUCUAAAUCCGGCCAGUCGGACAUGUCGGUCGACCAGGCGGUUCUCGACAAGCUGGAGGCAGGCUUCAAAAAGCUGCAAGAUGCCAAGGACUGCAAGUCACUGCUCAAAAAGUAUCUCACCAAAGAGAUCUUUGACAAGCUCAAGACCCGUAAGACCGCCAUGGGUGCCACCCUCCUGGACGUUAUCCAGUCGGGCGUGGAGAACCUUGACAGUGGCGUAGGCUUGUACGCACCAGACGCCGAGUCCUACACGGUGUUCGCCGACCUGUUUAACCCGGUGAUCGAGGACUACCACGGGGGGUUUAAGCCCACCGACAAGCACCCACCUACCGACUUCGGAGACCUCAGCACCCUUGUCAACGUAGACCCCGAUAACAAAUACGUCGUCUCCACCAGGGUACGCUGCGGUCGCUCGCUGCAGGGCUACCCGUUCAACCCGUGCCUGAUUGAGCCACAGUACAAGGAGAUGGAGGAGAAGGUGAGCUCUGCCCUGAGGGGUCUCACGGGCGAGCUCAAGGGCACCUACUACCCUCUGACGGGCAUGGACAAGAAGACGCAGCAGCAGCUCAUCGAUGACCACUUCCUAUUCAAGGAAGGAGACCGCUUCCUGCAAGCGGCCAACGCCUGUCGCUUCUGGCCUACCGGACGAGGAAUCUUCCACAAUGAUAACAAGACCUUCCUUGUUUGGUGCAACGAGGAAGACCACCUGCGGAUCAUCUCCAUGCAGCAGGGCGGAGACCUCAAGCAGGUGUACAGCCGCAUGGUUAGCGGCGUGAAGGUCGAGAAAAAGCUGCCUUUCUCGCGGGACGACAGGCUCGGAUUUCUGACCUUCUGCCCCACCAACUUGGGCACCACCAUUCGAGCCAGUGUGCACAUCAAGUUGCCCAAACUGGCUGCCGACAAGGCCAAGCUGGACUCCAUUGCGGCCAAGUACAACCUCCAAGUGCGAGGCACCCGGGGUGAACACACAGAAAGCGAGGGCGGAGUGUACGACAUCUCCAACAAGCGUCGCAUGGGUCUCACCGAGUACCAGGCUGUCAGGGAAAUGCAGGACGGCAUCCAGGAACUGAUCAAGCUCGAGCAAGCCGCCUAGAGGAAGUGCCACAUCUCACCAAGACAACCUGCCCUCUUCCCCUCCCAUCCACUACCAUCACUAGGACCGCUGCGCGCGUUCCGCAACACUACAGUGGCUCGAUUCAUGCUGGAACACGACUGCAGGGGCAAUAGUGCAGCCGUUGUGCACAGCUGGAGGAGUAGCAGUCAUCCUUCUCUUUCUGUCUCACAAUUAUGAUUCGUGCGGAUGCGAGUGGCAAGUCCCCGUAGGUCAUGCGCGUGCUCAACAGGUCAAGCUGCGAAGCUACCGGUUUCGUGCACUCAGCUAUAGAAUUCAUUCAAUGAAGACGAGCUUCGGCAAUAAGCACGUUUCGACAUAGGGUGAACAGACACAUUCUGAUGUGCAUGGUUUAAGUGGCCCUUCCCGCGCGAGGUACUAACGUGACUUCUGUUGGGUGAAGCAAUGUAACAACGAAGUCUGAAGCACAGAUGACAGUUGAUGCAGUGACACAGCAGUAAAUGCCUCAUUGCGCUUCCGAAAAAAAGCCUCUUCAUUCAGAAUUAAGUCCGCACACUCUACAACGAAAACGCUGGAAGAAUCAGCGAGUUCGCCGUUAUCUAGCAAUGCCUGAUGGAUGUAGUCGCAGAACGUUUUAGCCUUGAGGUGCCUUUUUGUUGAACACUCCUUCGGAUUUACCACGACACCCAGGAGGCAUACGACGCUGGUGUAGAGACUACAUGCUUACUUGAAGGCUACAUCAUUUGCAUACAUUAUUAGCUUCCAAUCACUGUUAAAUCUCACCGCAUUUUUGGUUUCCUGUGCACAUGCACAAUUUUAGGUCGCUGCCACUGCUCACAACACUAGAUCGAGUGGUCUGGUGCAUUUGCCUCAACAAGGGUUGUACUGCGAGGCCAAUUAUGUCAAAUAUUCGGCUAUUUUUUAGCUGUCACUCUUUUAAUUAACUGAGAACAAGAUAAAGCCGCAUGACGGUCCAUGAUCUUUACAGUGGAAGAGGGCAUUGAUUGCUACUCGUUCUAGUGCGAACCCAGACGUUGACGAAAUGGUUCAGGUGACUGGGACAAAAAGCGAAGGCUGAUCGCUAUACUACUACAGCUUACAUAAAACGGGGGCCCCGGUGUCUUACUGCUGUGGCGCAAGCCAUCUUCCUCUCCUGCGCCGCUUAAAAACUCGUCCCGGCUUCCGUAAGAACCACACCCAGCAACAGAACCAAAGCCAAAGUUUCAGAAAAGACCACCCGUGGUUUUCGGAAGUGAUAAAAGCGAAGCGUACUGUAAACUCUGUCACUUUUUUUCUCGUACGUAUUUGUGUAGAAGCUCAGUACACCGCUUUUGCAAUAUACACCCCAACAAACAGAGAAGUGGCUUCAGCGAAAUGCCGAUUCCUAUUUUUCGACGAAAGAAAUAGGUUGGCUAGACAUCAUUGUGCAUGUUAGGUCGCGAAAGACUAAGGAGGGACCUCGGUGCUGUUAUUCUUGAGGAAGACAACGAGAUAUGAAGGGUGAGUGGGUGCCGCUAGCAUCGUUUAUUUUUCACCGCUGGUUUCCUGGUAGCCUGCAAGCUGUAGCCGCCUAAUGAGCGAUGUUCUAGCCAACAAGCACUUCUAUUUGCCCUGUUUUUAUCAUUUUUAUUUUCUUUCGUUACCUCUUCGUAAAGACAGACAGACUCGUUAUAGCCUCGACUCUAGUCAGCACAUAUAGGUAUGCUCAAUGACAUAGACACGCCAGGAACGAAGCGCAGCUACUGGGCAGCGGCUUCCAUGCAGUCACGGGUGCCGCUGCGGUUGAUAGCACCGCUACUUUUCUUGGCGGCAAGCCCAAAGGAAGGUUUGUCCAUCGGAUGAACUUCAAUAAAGUGUCGACAAAGACAA